CAGCAAUGCUGAGUGACAAUAACUCUGUGAAGCUGAAAAGUGAUUGUUCACCUCCUGUGCAAUGGUGUAAGGUGCCUGCACGUGAAGAUGAGAAGACCAAGCUGGUUUUUAAAAGGUACUCGCAAAUGUUUUGCACUGUUUGUGGUUGCAGGGUGCUUCUUUUAUAUCCUCAAAUUGCAUUUUGGCCCUGGAGAAUGUGACAGAACAAAAACGCCAUAUGUGGAUCUCGAUCGUGUAAGGAGAGCACAACAGUAUGCCAGUGCUGCAUUGGAGGAACAGUGCCGACCUUCUUAUGUGAAGAAAGAAAUGAGGAAGUUAUUUGUGGAGAAAUAUAGCAUGGACAUAUCUCCCUUUGUGAGAAAAAAUAUAAAUGAAGAUGAAGCUUUAUUUAAAUAUGAACCUCCUUUUGGAUUUCACAAGUUCUUUGAUAAGCUUAAAAAUCUCCUUGAACUCUUACCUGAGCAUGAUUUACCAGAAGAUUUGAAGUCAAAACACUGUAAGCGUUGUGUUGUUGUUGGCAGUGGCGGAAUUCUUCAUGGAUCAGAGCUGGGUCACUUACUGAAUCGGUUUGAUAUUGUUAUAAGGUUAAAUGAUGCACCAGUUCAAGGAUACGCAGAUCACGUUGGUAACAAAACUACUAUACGGAUGACUUACCCAGAAGGAGCCCCGCUUUCUGAACAUGAGUAUCCUCCUGCUAGCUUGUUUGUAGCUGUUUUGUUUAAAAGUGUUGAUUUCAACUGGCUUCAAGCAAUGAUAAAAAAUGAAACCUUGCCUCUGUGGGUGCGACUCUUCUUUUGGAAGGAGGUUGCUGAGAAAAUUCCUUUUACAUCAAAGCAGUUUCGGAUUCUGAAUCCAGUUGUCAUUAAAGAGACAGCUUUGGACAUUUUACAGUUCCCUGAACCUCGAUCAAAAUUCUGGGGUUGGGAUAAGAAUGUACCUACAAUUGGGGUCACAGCUGUUGUUCUGGCCACACAUUUAUGUGAUGAAGUGAGCUUAGCAGGAUUUGGAUAUGACCUCGAUCAGCCCAGCACACCUUUGCACUAUUACAACAACCUCUGCAUGGCUGCCAUGAAUGGACAAACUAUGCACAAUGUGACAAGCGAAACAAAAUUCCUGCAAAAACUGAUCAAAGAAAAAGUUGUCAAAGACCUCACUGGUGGGAUACUUUGUGAAUUCUGUGGCAAAGACAGCUAGUGAUUGAAGUGAAUCAUGGUUUGGAUUUGUUAAAUUUCCAGAGUUCAGCUCGAACAACCUUUUCACUGUCUUAAGUAGUUCUUUAAAGUGUAAAAUGGACAUGGAAUCUCUGCUGCCUUUUUUAAUGUCAAGUUCAAUUUGUUGGACUUUGAAAUUUAUUUUGAUGUCACAUUCUACUUUGCACAUUUUUGAAUAACUAUGUAAAUACAACUUGGAGUUGAAAGAGAUCCAUUUAAAAUAUUUAAUGUUUUAAGUUGUCCGAAGAAAAGCAGAGGUUUUGUUUUCAGAUGUGGAUGGUACGCACAACGCUAGCCUGAGUUGUCUAACAGCAUACAAGAGUUAUUUUUCAACAGAACUGCUGUCUUUGUUGAUCCAGUUUUUGGUGUAUGGUUCCUUUUCAUGCAUGCCAUGAAAAGAAAGACAUAUGCUUCUCAAGUAUUUAAUUUCUUGCAACCUGAGUGUUGUGUUUCCUCCUCAAAUAUUUAUAUUCUUUUGGUUUUGUGCUAAUAUUUUUUUGGGGUUGGAGGAGGAACAUGGGAGUGGAGGUGAAGGAGAAGGAACUGUUGUGGCAACAACUGAAUAGUAAGUACUUUGGCAUUAGUGAUUGAUAUUAAAAUCAUUGAUGCAUUAAUGUACUGGGUUAGAAUCCUGCUUUUUCAUGAGGCAUGUUUGGGCCCAGGGCACACUAUAAAAAGAUGUAGCCAGUAGGAGGCUUUCACCUGAACCAGAUCAUUUGUCAUUUCCAUUUCUUAAUACCCAGAUAAAUGUUUCUAACUAGCUGACUUGCAGCAGAGUUCAGCUACCCCGAUUAAAGUAGUCAUUUUUUUUUUUUUUUUUUUUUGAGUGACUUGAGAAUUGCUGGUUCUAUAAAACACUAGUUUAUAUGAAUCUUCCAUUUAGCAAUAAUAGAAUCUAUGACUAGGUUAAAAUUUCCAUUGGUUUACUUUAUGAUCCUUAAGUAAUGAAUUAUGGAUAUCAUAACCUUAAUAGUUUACAAUGAUGAUAACCCUUAUGAACUCUAGUGUUAACUAUUUAAUUGAAGGGAGAGGUAGAGUUGUUGCUUUUCCUGGAUCAGCUUUGAAGUCAACAAUUAAUUGAGUGUGUAUAAGUUAAGAAGAAAGUAACUUUGAGAAAGUAGUAUGAUCUAGUAGCAAGCUAGAUAACUGCUGAAAACAGUAUACUUACAAAAAAAAAAAAAAGC